CAGAGCGGUUUAUUGUUUCAAUGGCAAUAGCCUGGUUUUUACGCGGGUGUUGGUGUUUUGAAUCGAGGAUGUUUCGCUCCGUGUAAUAAACUGUUUUCAAAGCUUCCUGUAUCCCGUGUUGUGGUGGAAGCAGCGCGCACGUUGAGGGUUUCGACUGACGAUGAAGCUUCAGUGUGAGGUGGAAGUUAUCAAUCGGAUGCUGCCGACCUUUGGAAUGAGAAAUCGAGGCAAGGCAGCGAGAGCAGUGCUGUCCAUCGGGAGACAUUUGGACAAAACGUCGAAGAUACAGAACAUAUAUCUCAUGAUCUGCACCUUAAAGGACAAAGCAGGGUGCAAGUACAAGUUGAAGGAGAACAUAGAACAGUUUUUCACCAGAUUCGUGGAAGAGGGGAAGGCCACAGUAAGACUGAAGGAACCAGCGGUAGACGUCUGUCUGAGUAAGGCAGAUGCCAACAACUUGAAGAACUUCCUGUCCGCUGCCAGGCUGGCUCACAGAGGGAGUGAAGUCGACGCGUUACCCUUGACUGCUCUGGCUCCCGCCCGGACCCGCGAUGUGGAGAAACCCAAGAGCAAGAUGAGCAUCACCUCCAAGAAGGACUACCCGCUCACGUCCUGCUUCCCCUACUCCCUGGAGCAGCUGCAGGUGUCCUACUGCAGGCUGUCUCGUGUGGACAUGCGCAUGCUGACCCUGAAGAAACUGAGGAAGCUGGACCUGAGCAACAACCACAUCAAGAAGCUGCCAGCCACCAUCGGGGACCUGUGCUGCCUCGCCGAGCUCGUUCUGCACAACAACCACCUGGAGGCCUUCAGCACCGCCCUGUGCCAGUCCACUCUGCAGCACUCCCUGCAGUACCUGGACCUGGGCCAGAACAAACUCCGAGCCCUUCCCAUUCAGUUCUGCCAGCUCCGAGAGCUCGUGCAUCUGAAGCUGGAUGACAAUGAGAUGCUCUGUCUCCCGUUCAAGAUCGGGCAGCUCAGUAAACUGCGCUUCCUCUCCGCAGCCCGCAACCAGCUGCCGUACCUGCCCGCCGACUUCCGCAGGCUGUCGCUGGAGAACCUGGACCUUUUUGGGAACCCUUUCAAGCACCCCAAUCCCCUGGAUCACACUAUUCAGUUAAAAUUCCCCUUGACCUUGCUGGAGAUGGCUUCACGGGCAGCAGUCAACUACAGAAUACCAUACGGCCCUCAGCUCAUUCCUGCGCACUUGUGCCAAGACCUGGAAGUUUCCAAAACCUGCAGUUGUGAAAAGGCGUGUCUGAACUUCUACAUCCAGACCACCGUCAGCAUGAACCUGCACCACGUGUCCCACACCGUGGUCUUGGUGGACAACAUGGGAGGCACAGAGGCCCCCGUCCUCUGCUAUUUCUGCUCCCUGACUUGCUACUCUGAAUUCCUUGACAAAUGCUUGCAGCGAGGCAGGUGAUCGGAGGAACAGAAUGCAUUGCUGAUGCACUUCAGACGAGUGCCACUGCAGCCACACAGACCCAGGGCAGAAGGGAUGGAAAUAACUGUGUUGUGAUGACCAGGAGACAGCUGGGGAGGGAAAUCUGAAUGCUGGCUUCUUGUGAAAGUAUUUUUUUCUGGUUUGUAUUCUGUAGUGGAUAGACGUGAGCCUAGGCUUGUGUUCUGUAGAUCUGUCUGCCAGGAAUUGGACGAUCUGCUAUUACAGUAUCAUUUACAAGAGUGGGUUUACCUUGGGGGGGCAGGGGGGGGGGGGCAGCAUGCAAGCUUGCACACUGAACAUGCUGAGGAGCAUUGGUAGCUAAAACAACAAUCUGGUAUAGGAUGUAAUGUAUUGACUGGUCAGUUUGGUUGGUUUUAAAAAAAAUGAUAUAAAUAAAUAAAUAAAUAAAUGAAUGUAUGCAUUUGUAACGCAGGCUGUUGCUGAUUCUAUUUGACUGCAGGACUGUUUGGGUUAAUAAUACUGGGAUAUAUUAAGCCAUUGUUACUAGUGUUAACCAAGCCAGCCUUACUUAUUGAAGAUCUGUGUUGUUUUAAAUUGAAUAUGCAGAGGGUGAGUCUGGCAGUGGUACAUAAAUUAGCAGCAAGCAACAGGACAGCAUAGUACAGGCAGUGUAGCUAGGAGACACAGUAUUAUACAGUAUGUUUACAUCAUUCAACUGCAAGGAUCAUGCAGCAUUAGACGUUCACUGAAAUGAUCUCAGUAAAUGUUCCAUCCCUGUGCUCUUAACUUGGUGGGGUGUAUUGCACUGAAGUUCAUUUGAACUCUUGAUAGUAUUUUUAAUUGGAAAGGGAAAUGGUAUUAUUGAAUGUUGGGGUAUUUUUGGUUUUGUGAAUUGUUUUUGAGGCCCGGGGUAAUUGCAGCACAAACCAGUCAAGCUGUGUAAAUGAAGCUCUUUAGAGUUCUGUAAUUUGGAGCAGCACCACAUUCCCAUUAACUGCAGCAUGAGCAAGUUAGAAAGGGUGCUUAAUAAACUGAAGUACCACCUCAGACUGCCUAGGUGGUGCUCUUGCACUAGUACUGACCUCCUCACACUGGUCAUAAGCUGUGUAAACCUGAGCCCCGUGGCUUACAGCAACCCGCCUUGCAUUGAAUCCACAAGCCGCUGUAUCAGGAAUCGCAUCAACAAUCAUCUUGUGAGACUGAUCCCCUCCGGUGCUAUCAAAUCAGACCAUUUCAGCUAUGGCUACUUCAAUAUCAACCAUUUAACUAUUUCAGCUGUUUAAUAAUUGCUGCAGCGCACGCCUCAUGAAAAACUUAACUGAGUGUGCUGUGAUUCAUGAUCUGACUUGGUCCAGAUACAUUUUAAUGUAAGGCAGUAUUUCAGUUUUUGAUCUUUACAAACGUUACUGUGCUGAUGUCCAGUGGUUAUGUGUCUGAUAUGGACAGCAGUUAGCAUGCUGGUCUCAUAAAUGUGCGUUCUUGUUAUUGGCAGCUGUAAUCUGGGUAUGAAGCAUGUUUGAUAUCCAGCACUUCAUAUUUUGUCAGUUGCACUUGAUAUUAAGAACACAUGUUAAUUCUGUUGAGUGUGGAUUCACUAGCAGCAGGAAUACAGCUUGCUGAUUUCAGGGUCGGAACGCCCCUCAAUGUAAGUGUGUGUGGCUUGGGAACUGAACCACAUUGAGGAUGAGGGCUACUGGCUUGCGUUUGUUAGUGUACUUAGUUCUUUUAAUAAUAUAGUGUGUAUGUAUAUUCACUGUUAUGUGAACUACUGUUUGCUCAAGGUCUUGUAUUGAAAACCCUGUUACCUCACUACAACAAAAACAGUAUGGCAGAAAUAUAAAACCUGAAAAAACUAAUGUUUCCAGUUUUGUUAGUAAUGUUUUGGGUUUUCAGUGCACCUGAUAAUUUGCAUGACAACUGAAAUACAUGACAACUGAAAUACAUUACCACGUGUGUCUGUAACCAAACGCACUUCACCUCCACUAGCCAGUCUUCAACGUGUAGUCCUGGCAGUGAAUUCAAUUAUUUAAUAAAUGUAAUAAAAUGUA